AUGUCAACUUGUCAGCUCAGAAUGGCUCAAUCUUUCCAUGUCGUUUCUUCCUUCACGGGUAGUAGUCCAUUAAAACCAAGUAAUUGUUGCUCCGACCUGGUUGCGCCUUUGGAAGCGGCAACUCUGGAAGAGUUGACGGUGAAAGGAACACACGCAGCGAGGUCGGAGCGCAAGAAGGUGAUUGUGGUGGGAGCUGGAAUUUCAGGUCUUCGUGCCGCGGCUGUUUUGCACCGCCACGGUUGUGAAGUGGUGGUGUUGGAGGCCCGUGAUCGCAUUGGUGGAAGAAUCCUGACCACCAGAAAUGGUGAUCAUGUCCGAGAUAUCGGCGCCGCUUGGAUGCAUGAGACUUCCCAGAAUAGUCUGGUGAAACUCAUUCCUCAGCUGGCUAUUCCGUACUAUUAUGAUGAUGGCCUUCCUCUGUACUUCACCAGAGAUGGCCGAGCUGGAUCCCAGUUCAAAGCAAAGAAAGUAGCCGACGAGUUCGCCGACUAUUGCGAGUGGUUUUACGAAACCAACCCGGAGGCAGAGGACCGCCCGGUCCAUGAAUUCGCGAAAGAAUUCGUCCUCCAACACCAGUUGAUCACUGAAGACGAGCGUGAUUGGGCCCCGCAGGCCGUCCGUGAGGUAGAAUUGUGGAUCGGCACCAGUACGGACCAAGCCUCGUCUAAGCAUCUGUCCUACUUCAUUACAGAGCGCAAUCUGUAUAUGAAGGGUGGCUAUGAUCGGAUUGUCAACUGGACCGCGGAGCCUCUCCGCGGGGAUCCCAGUAUCAUCCGACUCAACCACCACGUUGAGAACGUGCAGUGGAACGAAGAUGGGUCCGAGCAAGCUCGGAUUCAAUACAAGGAUGCCGAUGGAAACAUCGGCUUUGUCGAGGGAGACGCGGUGGUCAUGACUAGCCCUCUGGGAGUCUACCAUCACAAUCUCAUCUCGUUCAACCCGCCCUUGCCGAGUGAUAUCCAAGAGGGCAUGUCCAGGUUCAGCUACGGCGCCCUGGGCAAGGUAUUCUUUGAAUUUACUGAAGUCUUCUGGUCGAAGGACAACGACCAGUUCGUCUUCUACCCUUCUCCCCCGGAUGAGUUAGAUUCUUCAUCCGGGUCGUCCGUGCAGUCUAUCACGAGCAUGAACUCAAUCACGGAGAAAGACAACAUCCUCAACUACGCCACUGUCACCAUAAACCUGUGGAUCAUGACAGGAGGCAAGGAGCUGUGUGUGCAGAUUGCCGAGCCUCUCACGCAACGCAUCGAAGCCAUGCAAGACUCCAAAGAAAUCUAUGAAUUUUUUGAACCACUUUUCAAAUUGUACCGCACUGAGCCGUACAAGGCUCUGCCCCGCCUGGUCAGUGUUGAAACUACACACUGGACCCAGGACCCGUUGGCUGGGUAUGGCAGUUACUCGGCCGACAAGGUCGGGGAUGACCCGGAGCUCUUGGUUGGUGCGUUGGAAAACCACAAGGCUAGUCGGUUGCAGUUUGCUGGUGAGCACUGUACUCUUGUUGCCAAUGGCUGCGUGCACGGAGCGUUUAAGACGGGUGAAACCGCUGCUACCAACCUGCUCGAGAGCUUUGGCAUUCCAUUCGAUGGUGGUGAUUCUAUCGGAUCGAAGUGA